AGAGAGUAUAUAAAGCCCGCGGUCACACUCUUCACAAGCCGGCCGCAUUUUAUUUACGCUUCCAAAGUUUUCGCGAUUACGAAAUAACCAUUAAAGUAUGAGUCUCAGGCAGUUUCAGACCAUUUCGCAGCAAGUGUUCAGGUGCUACUCGACACGGGCCACAGCAAGUCGCAGAAUCCUUUGGCCAGUCAUCGAGCUUAGUCAGAGCCAAAGGCAGAAUCUGAAAUUCUGCACAGUCCUGCUGCCAGUCAGCUGUGCGGCCGCCGACAGUGUCUGCCUUCCCCAGUACUCCACAGCAGCUGCCAUCGACAUGUCUGCCAACGGAGAUUACAAGAACGCCGCCUCUCUCUACGAGUUCACUGUUAAGGACACCCAUGGCAAUGAAGUGUCGCUGGACAAAUACAAGGGCCGUGUGGUCCUCGUGGUUAACAUCGCCUCCAAGUGCGGCCUGACCCAGAACAACUACGCAAAGUUGACCGAAUUGAAGGAGAAGUUCGGCGAGCGCGGCCUCACCAUUCUGAACUUCCCCUGCAAUCAGUUCAACUCCCAAAUGCCGGAGGCCGAUGGCGAGGCAAUGGUCUGCCAUCUGCGCGAUUCAAAGGCCGAUAUUGGUGAAAUCUUUGCCAGGGUUGAUGUCAACGGCGAUAACGCCGCUCCGGUCUACAAGUACUUGAAGGCCAAACAGACUGGCACCUUGGGCAGCGGCAUCAAGUGGAACUUUACAAAGUUCUUGGUCAACAAAGAGGGAAUCCCAAUCAACCGCUAUGCCCCAACCACCGAUCCUAUGGACAUUGCCAAGGAUAUUGAGAAAAUCUUGUAGAUCUCUCCCCCAAAAUGUUUACUUUAAGUCGCGCCUUGGACUGUGUUUAUUCGCGUAGCUUUUAGCUUGUAAUAACCAA